CCGCCACCCGGAGCUCGGUCCUUCCUUCUGAUUUUCCGCGCGCUUUCCGUCUCUCUCCCUCGCUUAGGAUCGCGUAGUCGGCUCUCUCGUUCCCACGCACACACACGGAGGCGCGCGUUCCUUGUCCUCACGGCCGCUUCUCCCGAGUCCACCAAGAAUUUCCACGGAUCACGGAAUUUCGGAAUUCUUCGGCGGUUCACGGGUGCGAGCAUGCAGGCCAUCAAGUGCGUCGUCGUCGGGGACGGGGCUGUCGGUAAGACGUGUCUCUUGAUCAGCUAUACGACCAAUGCCUUCCCUGGAGAGUACAUCCCCACGGUCUUUGACAACUAUUCGGCGAAUGUCAUGGUUGACGGGAAGCCGAUUAAUCUCGGACUAUGGGAUACCGCGGGUCAAGAAGACUACGACAGGCUGAGGCCUCUCUCGUACCCUCAGACUGACGUCUUUCUUAUCUGCUUCUCGCUUGUCAACCCUGCUAGCUUUGAGAAUGUCAGGGCCAAGUGGUUCCCGGAGGUUCGCCAUCACUGCCCGUUGACACCUAUCAUCCUCGUCGGCACUAAACUCGAUCUGCGCGAGGACAAGGAAACGAUCGAGAGACUCAAGGACAAGAAACUCGCUCCUAUAACCUAUCCACAGGGUCUAGCCAUGGCAAAGGAAAUUGGGGCCGUAAAGUAUUUGGAAUGUUCAGCAUUAACACAAAAGGGCCUGAAAACUGUGUUCGACGAAGCGAUACGUGCGGUCCUAUGUCCAGCGCUUCAGGUGAAGCCCAAACGCAAGUGUUGCCUCCUAUAAUAUUAAACUCGAUCCUUAAUUACCAGCGCGUCCGCCCUCCGCUUUUCGAAUUUUCCCAGUCCACUCGAUGUUUAUCCCAUCGGAGCCUUUAUCCUGGUCCAUGUACCUGGUUCCAUACCAGCACUCUCCGAUUUACCAGGGACCGAAACUCUAUCUUCGGGAGAACUCGGUCUAUCGGUGUCGAAGCUCUCCGGAGCCUUCGAAACAUAUCUGGAAGCGCACAAGGAAGACUCUUGGACGAACGAAACCGCGGAGGGAACUGCUCUCUCAGAAAGGACGUUCUGGGAAAGAACUUCUCCCGAGGUCGGCUCUGCUACCAAGAGAGAAGACCUCGUCGUGGCACCUCCGUCUCCUCGCAGUUUUCGGACCACUCUAGGAGAUCAUCUGGAGUUUUCAACUACAGGCCCUGUGAAGCUCCCUUGAUACGAUCACAGGGGGCUAUUCAGGACUCCAAGACCCAAUGUGUACAGUGCACUAGAGUAUGUUAAUUAAUAUUAUUAUUAACGACUAUUAUUAAUGAACGGUAACGAGAUAUUACGAGACACAUUACCAAGCUCUAAGAAUAGACCGUGUAAGUUCUAGGUAUACGUGAGAGAGAGAUUAUUCGAGAAUGUCUGCGUCCAUUGACUACCUUCGAGUAUAUUCCCUCCGCCACACUGACCUAAGCAAUCUUUUAAGCCAAUGUUAAAAUAUUGCUUCGUUAACAUCAUUUCAACAAAUUGCUAUGUUCAACUGUACUCGGUAACUGGCACAAAGUGGACUAGCAAUUGAAAUUGAAUGUACGGUACGACUGGCGACUGAAAUUGUACGGAUAUAAAUGUACAGUACAUGAAUUUGGAUGUGCUACAGUUUUCAGUGCUAAUUAUCGAGUGCAACAGAAAUUUGUAAUCUGUCAAACUCAGAAUGCGUAACGUUAAUGCUUCAGGUUUUCUUUUUUACGUCCGCGCACAAAACGGGGCAACUUUGCUACCCAGGUGAUAAAUUCGAAACCGAAGCAAACUGACGGGGAUAACGAAGGAUACACGAGGGGAGUUCUUAAGAAGCACCUAGCAAAACUAAUUUUAAGUGUAGAGGAAAAUGCGAAACGCAAGUACGUUAAUAAUCUACAUUGACAGAAAUUACCAGAAAAUGUUCGCAAAGCCAUUAUACGUUAGUGCAUGUACAGUCGAAGUUUCAACUUCGACCUCAAACUAUCGGGGGCAAGACUGUUAAAAUAAGCCACGGAAUUACAUGGGUUUUUAAUGGCAAAAAUGAAUGUAAAAUCGACGCUUUGUUAAACAAGGUCUGUCUGUCCUGAAAACAUUCCCGAAAAGUAAAUAUGGUCGUGGCUGCCGAGGGACUCUCGUACAAACGGGAAAAUUACAGUGUGAGUGCAUGAGCGAAUGUGCGCAUGGAAAAGGGCGCAAUUGGAGAUAAAAAAGGCAUAGGAAAUAAUUGUAAAUAAUUGCUGGAGUCUAAAAGAAAACCACAAAAACAAAACUUAUUCCUACUGGCGCAGGCACCCAAGAGGGUGAGGUACUGUAGAAAAUUUCUGAGCCACCGAUUAAUGGAAUCGAGCCACGAUUCUCAUCUACAAUUUGUAUACCGAGCGCAGGAUGAUUACUAUAUGUAAUUGGAUUAUUGUUUAAAUUAGAGGUUACGAGUGGAGAAUGUGAAGGAGUCAUUCGAUGAUGUUUGUUUUGGGGAAAUUUACGACUGACUAAAGCAUCGGCUCCGUGAAAAGAGAUUAGAAAAUCAUGUGGGAGCUCUUCUCUCGGUGGCCUGUGCCGUUACUGUCACCUUAUGCGUAUAAGCCACUAAUCGAACUCUAAAUCGAACGUUACUUGUUUUUUAUAUAUAUAUUAUAAAUAUAUAUAAAAUUCGACCGGGCCGCGGCCGUCGUGCCCCUCCCGAGAAAAAGAGAUGUGUAAUCCGCCGCAGGUCGAGCACGUGCAAUCCCGCGUGGCGGGAAUACGAGAGCCUCGGUCCGUCGUUAAGUACUAUAGAUAUUGUAACUAAAUUUGCUUUAUUAAAAUGGGUGUUUACUAA